AUGCGCGUGCUCUCUCACCGUGUGCUGUGCGGCCUCGCGCUGCUCGAGGCCCUCGUGGCUGGUUCUCCCCUCCUCUUUGAUCAUGUGCCCAGCUAUUUCCAGAACCAUCCCGUCACGCGUCGUGAGGUGUCAACUUACACCAUUCAACGUGAGCUAGGUGCAUCUCUGUCUAAAAACUCGAUCAUUCUCUCCCCCUCAGACGCCUCGUUCCCCAAUGUGACUCAUAGAUGGAACACCUUGGCUCCCCCUGAAAUUGAGGUAGUGGUGCAGCCGGCAAGGGAGUCAGACAUUGCGAAGAUUGUCAGAUACGCCAAUCACAAUGGCCUCGACUUUCUAGUAGUUAACACUGGCCAUGGCUUCACUACCACUCUAGGAAAGUUUAAGGGUGUACAGAUCGACAUGAAACAACUCAGAGCGUUCACCAUUAAUCCGGAUGGGAAGUCUGCUACACUCCAGGGCGGAGCGUAUAACCAUGACAUCAUGGGGGGACUUUGGGACGCAGGCUAUGUGGCGAGUGAGUACCUCUAUGGCCAAUACGGCAUGGUCAGCGACAACAUAAUCCACCUCAAUGUCGUCUUGGCUGAUGGCUCCGAAAUCGCUGUGAAUAAUAAGAGCCAUGCGGAUCUAUACUGGGCCAUGAGAGGUGCCGGCCACAAUUUCGGUGUUGUGACCAGCCUUAAGCUCAAGAUUUACCCAAAGCAGAUAUCCACUUGGCACUACCACAACUACUUCUGGAGCCAAGAUAAGCUCGAGACGGUAUUUGAGGAGUUGAACAAGAUCUCAGACUUUGGCAACGCGCCCCCCAAACUUGGGGUAAGCUUUGGGCAGAUCUAUAUUAACCGAACCCUCGACGCAGACCAGGCCAUCCUCUGGUGGACAUUCGCCUACGCGGGUCCUUCGGACGAAGCCGAGGCGAUUCUGCAACCGUUCAACGAGAUCGGCGCUCUCUCAGAGACGCAGGGCGACGUCCCCUACCCCGACAUCAUUUAUCCGCAAGACACCGCAGCCUCGUCCUGUGGCUCUGGAUCAUACGUCAUCUCCACCAUGAUGACCCAGACCUGGAACAUAACGACGGAACGCAAGAUCUACAACCUCUUCAACGAAAGAAUUGCCGAGUACCCCGAGCUCUCACCGGCGGCCCGUCUCUACUACGAGGGUUAUGCCACUGCGGGGGUACAGGCCAUUGAUUCUGCCGUCAGCGCGUACCCCCACCGGGAUGAGUAUCAUCUAUCCUUCAUGCUGAGCGCGAUCCCCGAGGGGGCGGACAACCUGGUGGAACCGGCCGCAAAAUGGGCCAAGGACGUCUGGGACCUGUGGGUCGAGGGACAGCCCACGCGCAAGCCCGCGACGUACCUCAACUACGCCGUCGGGGUCGAGUACCAGACGCUCGAGUCCAUCUACGGGUACGAGCCCUGGCGCUUGGAGAGGCUGCGCGCGCUGAAGGCCAAGUAUGACCCGAACAACAGCUUCCGGUUUUACAACCCAAUCAUCACCGAGUGA